AUGGUUCCUCACAAAUUGCUCAGAGGAGCCUGCAGAUCAGAUCUGCUUUCUCCACUCGUUUGGUCGCUGUCCCAGCUCCUGUCCCACAACUGUGACAUGCUCUCUGGCCCUCCCCACACCUGUGACAAGUCCUCAGACUCUCCCCACAUCUGUGACAUGCUCUCUGGCCCUCCCCACACCUGUGACAAGUCCUCAGACUCUCCCCACAUCUGUGACAUGCUCUCUGGCCCUCCCCACACCUGUGACAAGUCCUCAGAUCCUCCCCACAUCUGUGACAUGCUCUCUGGCCUUCAGCACAUCUGUGGCAUGCCCACUGGCCCUCCCCACACCUGUGACAAGUCCUCAGACCCUCCCCACAUCUGUGACAUGCUCUCUGGCCCUCCCCACAUCUGUGACAUGCCCUCUGGCCCUCCCCACACCUGUGACAUGCUCUCUGGCCCUCCCCACAUCUGUGACAUGCUCUCUGGCCCUCCCCACAUCUGUGACAUGCCCUCUGGCCCUCCCCACAUCUGUGGCAUGCUCUCUGGCCCUCCCCACAUCUGUGGCAUGCUCUCUGGCCCUCCCCACAUCUGUGGCAUGCUCUCUGGCCCUCCCCACAUCUGUGGCAUGCUCUCUGGCCCUCAGCACAUCUGUGGCAUGCUCUCUGGGCCUCCCCACAUCUGUGACAUGCUCUCUGGGCCUCCCCACAUCUGUGACAUGCUCUCUGGCCCUCCCCACAUCUGUGGCAUGCUCUCUGGCCCUCCCCACAUCUGUGGCAUGCUCUCUGACCCUCAGCACACCUGUGACAUGCUCUCUGACCCUCCCCACACCUGUGACAUGCUCUCUGGCCCUCCCCACACCUGUGACAUGCUCUCUGACCCUCCCCACACCUGUGGCAUGCUCUCUGGCCCUCCCCACAUCUGUGACAUGCUCUCUGGCCCUCCCCACAUCUGUGGCAUGCUCUCUGGCCCUCCCCACAUCUGUGGCAUGCUCUCUGGCCCUCCCCACAUCUGUGGCAUGCUCUCUGGCCCUCCCCACAUCUGUGGCAUGCUCUCUGGCCCUCAGCACAUCUGUGGCAUGCUCUCUGGGCCUCCCCACAUCUGUGACAUGCUCUCUGGGCCUCCCCACAUCUGUGACAUGCUCUCUGGCCCUCCCCACAUCUGUGGCAUGCUCUCUGGCCCUCCCCACACCUGUGUCAUGCUCUCUGACCCUCAGCACACCUGUGACAUGCUCUCUGACCCUCCCCACACCUGUGACAUGCUCUCUGGCCCUCCCCACACCCGUGGCAUGCUCUCUGGCCCUCCCCACACCUGUGGCAUGCUCUCUGGCCCUCCCCACAUCUGUGACAUGCUCUCUGGCCCUCCCCACACCUGUGACAUGCUCUCUGACCCUCCCCACACCUGUGACAUGUCCUCCCACACCCUCGUUCCUCCAGCUGUUAGACUAUCCUUGUACUGGCUUACCGCUCGUGGUAAUUACCUUACCACACCUGCUAUUGGUGCCCGCCACACGUGGUACCUGUGCUGGCGUGAUGUCAUUCAGAAACUGUUCAGGUUCAAUACCUGA